AUGGGCCUGCGAAAGGUCCUGCUGUUUUGCCUACCACACCGACUUUAUCCAACGUCUGAACUUGUUACCCUGUUGGGUGCCAUGCAAAGUCUCUACGUGGUAAAGUUUCGUAGUCGAAAUACUUCUUCCACUGGCUUUCCAUUUCAGCCAAUCGAAAUCAGGGAAACAGCGAAGGACAUGGGAAAGAGGUGCGACGUUUUGGGUGUUUGGAGUUGCAACGGUGCAGCUGCGACGAAGGAAAUGGUCGAUUUCGCUACUGCAGUCGAAGCAGGAAGGGCUGUUGCCCGCGACAUAGCCGGGUCCGAUCCGGAGCGCAUGAGUCCACCGAAUAUCUGCGAUUACCUUCAAAGUAUUUUCGCUGAUUCAUCAUCGGUGCGAAUGAAAAUUGUGUCUGACCAGAACAUCAUUAAGGAGCAAUACCCCUUAUUGGCUGCAGUCAAUCGAGCUGCCAACGGCAUACCUCGACACGAGGCGCGAGUAGUGAAACUUCAGUUCACCGGAGCAGGGGAGCCACAAAAUACACUCAUGCUGGUAGGAAAGGGCGUCACGCUUGAUGCUGGAGGUUUAGACAUCAAAACGAACGGAAACAUGUGGGGAAUGUCACGUGAUAAAAGUGGCGCCGCAGCGGUUGCUGGGUUUUUCAAGGUAGGAGACUUUUUUUACUCAUUAAGUUACUGCUUACUGUAAUA